AAACUGGCAUGAAGCAGCCACACGUCAAGAGCGCUGCCAGAGCCAAAAACCCUUCAGGACAUCUGAGGGCCGUCCUCUUGGAACAAGUUAUAUAGCAAGAAAGGGGAUCUAGCGGCCACCCUUGAGGACCCCCUCUUCUGCUCCUGGGAUGGACACGGGUCACUGUAGCGACUGGCUGAGACACGACAGUAUUAACGGCGAACCUCGGAGAUCACGAUGGCCACGGAAAGCACCGCCACAUUUGACUCAGCUGCUCACGAAGAGCUGGAGGACGGGCCUUCAAUCCAGGCGCAUAGUGACCCCUGCCAUGAAGCCCACCUAGACGACCACCAGCAGACACCCCCCAUUCUUUCCAGCUUAGAAGACGCGGAGCCGAGCAGGGAGCCUCAGCUUCAAUGUGCAGCCAUAGAGUGUGAUAGCCAGGCGUGCCCACCAGAGGGAGACAUUACUCCACCGACCAUCGCAGAAGACGCCGUGUCUGGAGUUCAGCCGGAGGAGCUCCCAGUAGUGAAGGGGGAUACGGGGGCCACCCAGAUUCUACAUUCUGAUCCAGAAGUCGGGAUUAAUUUGACCCUUUCAAAAAAUCAACAAGAAAAUGAAGAUAAACUCAAGGAGAAGGAGGAGGAGAUGAAUGAGGAAGAUGAGCAGGUGAAAGACCCCAUUGGGACCCCAGUUUCAGAGAGGGGGACUGAGCCAACAGAGCAGGCACCGAGCGACCUGGUAGACAAUAAUCCCCUGGACUUCCGGCUGGCUAGACAGCAGUGGGCUGAACUGGAGACUGGUGCUUGUAGGCCCCCUCAGCCUCAGGAGGACAGCAGAAGCUGCAGCGAGAAAGAAAAGCCCUGCAGUGGAGAGAAGGCAGUGGCAGAGGUACCCGCCACAUGGCAGAGCCACGGGGAUGACGCUGGAGGGAGGGAGCUGGCACUCGACGAGCAGGACUCACGGGAGCAGGGCUCCAGGCCGCCUCCCCUAGCAGCUGUUGCUCCACAAGCAGCCAAUAGAAAGGCUGAGGAGGUGCUGGCUGGAGAUGGGGAGGAGCCAGCAGGCAGUGAGCUGACAGGUGGGGAGAGUCAGCCGGAGACGGAGGAAGGCAGUGGCACACCAGGCUGCUGGCCACCUGGAGACAACACUAGAAGCAGCGCACCUACCGGCCCGAUGGAGACGGAGAUCGCAGACAACAUGAGCGACAGCGGCGUCUCAGCCGACUUCUCCCCGGGCAGCACCCUGGAGCUGAACUCAGGCCCAGAUGGUCCUCCACCUUGUGAGACGCCUAUUGAGAGGGAGAUCCGCCUGACCAUGGAGAGGGAGGAGAGCCUGAGGAAAGCCAGGGGCAUCUCCAAGCCCACUGUGUCUGAGGAAUACGUGGACAUCCCGCUCAUGAAGCCCAUCCUGGCACAGCCCCUGCCUGCUGCCCUUGGCAAGGGCAAAGAAAGGCAGUUUGCUGGCAAGCAGAUGCAGAAAGAGAUCUUGAUGGACACCAAGCGGGAGGAAGACCUGGUCCUAAUGGGGAAGGUCCCGGGCGAGUACGACCGGGGUGGAAACCAGGAGCUACAUGAGAAGAAAAUCCUUUUUGAGCAGUUUCAGGAAAAAUGUCCAGAAAACCCAGAGACCCCACUAUCCAGGAAGCCAUCAUCUCCAUCUUCUAUGGAUGCCAUGGAGGUGGAUGGGGCAAUGCAGAGCUGCUCAAACCCACAGGAGGUGCUGGGGAGUGCCACCAUCCCUGAUCCUGCUUGUCCAGCACCAAAGGGUCCUUCUUUGUCGGAGGGGAUUAGCGGCAACGUCAUCAUCCUGGAGAAUUCCAUAGCACUCCAUCCCAUUGUGGAUGUACCUGCCUUGAAUGCCAAUUAUGGCCUGCCAGCCUCCAGCUCAUCACACGCCUGCCAGGGGUCAACCUUCCCAGAAGAGUCGGUCACCAUCCUGGAUUCGCGGAGCCUCUUAACCAACCAUAACAGAUCGGAGAAGGUGCAGCUGGAGGACGGCGUCCCGAAGGAGAAUCCCUUCUUCAAGCUGCGGUCCUCCAAGGCGUCCCAGCCGGUGGUGGAACAAGACAUUCGGGAGGCCCAGGAGCGGGAGAUGGAGCUGCGCAGGCAGAGGUACAGCCUGUACGGGUCCGAGGUGCCUCAGGAGGGCACCGCAGGUGGUGAGGAGGAGCUGCUCAGCGCCCCCAUGCCAGCAGAGCGGCUCUCCUCAGGCAAGCUGGACGUGACCUGGCCGCCUCCCCAGAGCACCGCAGCCGAGGGUGACCAAGCUGAGAUGAACAGAAGUCCAAAGCCCCCCCGGCAGAAGACCCCCUUGCUGCAGCGCUGGGAGACCGGCAUGGUGAACGGACACCAGGAAGAGUAAGCGCAGAGCCAGAUGGACUCUUUAUUAAAACAUCCUGGAUUUUACUCUGGAAUUCUACUCGACACAGGAGCUGGUGGCCAUUUUGUCUCCACCUCGGGAUCAAAUGAACUGGAGCAACACCCAUUAACAACACACUGACUGACCAAAGAGACAAAACCUCGGGACCCUUACAGGCUGUUCCUACCCCCAGUUUUUGGGGCACAGGGUUCUUCUGAUUUUUAAGAUGCACCAAGCAGACCCCCGGAGCCAACCCCCAACCCUUGACUUAAUGCCCAACAGAACAAGUUUCUCACAAUCUGAUGGAGAUGGUGAUGAUCGAUCGCAUUUACUAGUAACAAUCAUUCUCACUGAUUAUAUUUUGUUGAUUUAUUUCUUAGAAUAAGACAUGGUUGACCUGAGAAGAACAAAUGAAUUUUCACACCACC